AUGAUCAUCCCUGAACGUGAUGUUACCAUAGACGAGAAUCUUAUGUUGUUCAAAGGAAGGCUAAGUUGGAAACAGUGUAUUCCUCUAAAGCGAUCACGCUUCGGAAUAAAAUUGUACAUGCUUUGUGAGUUGAAGUCUGGAUAUGUAUGGUCUAUGAUAAUAUACACCGGAAAAGGAACUGUGUUUGAUGAAAGUUACAAACAUUUGAGCAAAUCUUCGCAGGUAGUAGUUAUUACACUUAUGCAACCACUUUUACUUAAAGGAUACUGUCUGACAACUGACAACUUUUAUUUAUCUCCUGAAAUAGCAUAUAUCCUCAUUAGUUACUGUACAGAUAUGUACGGAACAUUAAAACUUCAAAGAAAGGGAGUUCCUAAAGCACUGUUGACAAAAAAACUUCAAAAAGGGCAAAUGCUUGCUUACCAGAGAGGAAAAGUGUGCAUUAUGAAAUGGAUGGACAAAAAAGCUGUGUCUCUCAUAUCUACAAUACAUAAUCCGGAAAUGGUUCAAGUAUCUACUUCGACGAAUGAAAUUAAACGAAAACCUAAAGUAGUUAUGGAGUAUAAUAACACAAUGGGUGGUGUAGAUCGAAUGGAUCAGAACCUAAGUAAUUAUCCUGUAAUAAAGAAACAAGGAAAGAAAUACUACAAAAAAAUAUUUUUUCAUCUUCUAGAUAUCUGUUUAUGGAACGCUUAUGUUUUGUAUAAAAAGCACGGUGGUAAAGAUACGAAUUUACAGUUUCGAUUAGAAAUUAUCAAUCGACUUAUUGAAAGGCAUGCAGCAGUAGAAGAAAGAAAAGGCCGUCCUGGAUAUUUACCAACUCCACUAAGACUAACAGAAAGACAUUUUUUAGAGGUUAUUCCACCUACAGAGAAAAAACUAAGACCCGCGAGACAGUGUUAUGUGUGUUCAUUGAAAAAAAAAUGA